AUGGUUUACUACCACACAUCUGGAAACGUUAAAAUGCUUAGAAAUGUCCUCCUCGAUUAUGGAGCUACCAGUGAAAUAUCACCUUAUGAAUAUAUGAAAGCAUACAUAGAAAAAUGUCCAGAGGACAUCGAUGACACCAAACUAUCAUGGAUAGCCGAAACAUUUCUGGGAUUUAAUAGACAUAAGCAGUUUUUGACGGAUAUUGCAUCACAUUUAUCUGAAGAACUCUCAGACGAUGACCAAGAAUACUUCAUGAUCAUCUUUCAUGCUGUCACUUUCCAAUGUAAACCAAAAGAUAUGCACUACCUGUACAAGUGUCUCUUCAACUUAAGUAAGCCUCUUUUAAGUACAUUCACGAAAUUUUUGAGUAACAAUGAAGUACUUACAUUUAUUUCGCAAGUUGCGCAAGCUAAUUAUGAUACAACAUAUAUAACUGAAAAAAUUAUUGGGCCAUUAUUCGAAUGGCAGCCUUAUAUUAGUGAUAUGGGACACACCUACGCGGAACAUGUAAAAAAGAUAGAAAGUAGGAAAUUAAAACCUCCCACUGUACCUAUCCAACCAAAUGUUUUAAAUCGUAAAGGAAAAGAUACAACGCUGCCUCUUGUCCAGUCUGCGAUUAUGCCAGCUACUCCUCCAAACUCAAUGCUUGUGCAUAAAAAGAAAAGAAUGCUUACAAAAUCUGCGAUUGAUCAAAAAUUAAAACAAAUUCAUGAAAAAAAUAAACAAAAAGCUAUACACCUUUUAAAUGAUGUUAAAAAUAAAGAUUUUCAUUAUGCUCAACAAAAGUCUGAAAAGUUUUUCAAACGUAUUUCCAGUAUCAGAGACGAAAUCGAAACAGAAUUUGCGAAACCAAAGCAAAAACAAAAGUCUAUGAUAAAAGCAAAUCCACCGCCAGUAAAAGAAAAUGUUGCAACUGUGAAAAGAAUGAACAAACGAAUACAACUGGCAGAAGAAGAAGAGGUACAGUGGUUACAAAAUGUUAUGAAGUCUUGCAGGAAUACUGUCAAAAUUGAUGAAUUAACUGAACAAGACAGACAAGAAAGAGAAAGACAAAGAUUAUUAGAUAUAGAGAAAAAACAUUUGAUGGGUCAAAUAAGCUAUGAAGAAGCCGUACUUGCAAAAAAGAAAAUGGUGGAAGAUAAUAAAAAGAAAUAUGAAGAGUUUUUAAAAGAAAAGGAAACUUGGAACGAAGAAAUAGAACGUUGGAAAAAACAUGAAAUGGAUAAAAACCGUAAACUAGCUGAAAAGCUUUCACUGGGUGAAUUGAAUUUAAUUCAGACUAAAGGCGAAAUUCUUAUGAAGAAAAAGGAAAUGGCAGAAAGAAUUAAAAAGGAAUCUGAGUUGAUUUUAGCGCAAACCAUCAAAGAAAAACAAGAGGAAUUAGAUCGCAGAAUUACCAUGAUUAAGGAAAUUAAAAUAUUGGCUGCUAUUGCUAAGAAAGCAAGAGUACCUAAAGUAAUUGAUCUCACAGAAACAGCUAGACUUGGUUUGCUCUGUGAAAUGUCUAUAGCUGAACUGCAAGAAAGACUAAGCGCCAUGAAAAUGUCUUUAAAGGAGGAACUGGACAAGAAGAAGUCGCUUAUUAAAGAGGAAAAUAAAGCCGCUAAGCAAGAACUUGAAGAGACAAAGCAGUCUGUUAAGAAUUACAUUAGCGAGCGUGCAAUGUUACGAAAAUAUAAUAAAAAGUCGAACCUAACGAUAGUUAGUAGUACUUCAUCGAAGGAAAUAAACGACUUGAAGAAGGUAUUAGAGGAAAAACGAAAAAUGCGUAUAAAGUUGAGCAUCUGA